AGGCGCGAAACUACAUAUGUUUUGUUUGACAGUAAUAUACAAAGCAAAAUCGUUAUUUGUUAAGAGUGGGCAUUAAAGUUAAGAAAAAGAAGAAUAAUUAGGAAUAAAUUCGAUUGAAAAUAUUUAAUUAACACUGAGUAUAGUGAUGGAAAAGUCUUUAUAAUACGUAACUAAUAAUACUAGAGAAAACAGUUUCAAUAUUACAAUACAAUGUCACGAUAGUUACAGUGAUUCUGUUCUUAAUUAUUAUGUUAAAAUAUAUAUUUUUUAAACACACAGACUCACAAUAUUAGUAUAAUCUAAGCAAAGAAAGGCGCUUUAUAAUGCCUAGGAAAACUGUUCAAAGACCUGUAAAAUGGCUCAGUGAAGAGAUUAUUGAUAAACCCACUUUAUCAAAUUCCUUCCACUAUUACACGAAAUUCCAAUUUAAAAAUAUAAUAGCUGAAAUUGGUCAAUUUGUAUUAAUAUCUAAUGCUGAUGCAGCAGAACCUGAUACUGAAGAGGGUUGUGAUGCAGCUCGAAUACUUGAGCUUUAUGAAGAUACAUCAAAUAAGAAUGAUCCAUUUCGGGCUAAAGUCCAAUGGUACUCUAGGCCGGAUGCACUUCCUAAUUGGUGCUUCAACAAAAUGGAUGCUAUUGAAUUUGGAGAAACUGAGGUUAUUGAAGAUCACCGUCCAUUCGACACGGAUGUUUCUAUUGAAACUUUCUUCAAGACAUGUUCAAUUACGAUGACAUACACAAAAGACAUAAUGGAUACUAAGAUUCUUAAACCAUUUCAUUAUAUUUGUCGUUAUAGACUCAUGUGUUUGAGUAAACGGAAGAUUCACAUUGAACCAGUUAUGGAAGAAGAGCGCAAGGCUUUACAAUUACUUUCAACGCCUAAUAAGGUGCCAACUACUAAUAAUACACCAAAAACACCUACUAGUUUAGUGAAAAGAAUGAGCAGGGUGACUUUACAUGAACCUAAGAGUUGGAGUGUAUCUAAAAAUGAUGGAACAAAACUUCUAUUGAAAAGGGCAAUAUUAGCUGACAAAAAUGACAAAGAUUCACCUAAGAAAACGCCAAAGUCUGCAACCAAAAUUACUGUUACACCAUCAGAGACUCCAAAGAGUUCUAGAAAACUAACAAGAAACAAAAUAGAGGAUAUCUUAUCUAUGGAACUUCAGGAAAAUUCUGAUAAUGAUGAUGAUUUACCAGUUUUAAUCAUAAGACAACAUGUGACAGGCACACCGAAAAGAAAACAAUCUAUAUCUAAAACAAAUAAUGACACUCCUAAAAAGAUUUUAAUAUUUGAUGAUGAAGAUAAGGACAAAAAUUCAUUACAUAUGGCACAAGAUACAACUCCUGUAAAAAGGUCUACAAGAACUUCAAAAGCACAUGUUAACUAUAAGGAAGAAGACAUUUCACCUGUAAAAAGAACACCAAGAAAAUCAGUGCACAAAUCCAUUGAAGCUGAUGAAUACUCUGUCAGAGUUAGGAAAAGUCAAAUUACACAUAUGGAGAAAGAUACCUUCACAGUGAAACAAACUCUGAAGUCUAAAACAUCUAAAGCAACCAUUAACUAUAAUGAAGAGGAUAUUUCGCCUGUAAAAAGAACACCAAGGAAGUCAAUAUGUAAAAUGGAUGUUGAUAAUAUUGAUGAUGAAUAUUUUAAACCUUAUCCCAAAACUCCAAGGACAUCUAGAACACCAAGGGCUUCAAAAGCUACUCCUAUGAAGACCCCAAAACGCAGCAUUGCAAAAAUUAGUACAAGUGCACUAACACCCACUUUACAUACAAGAGCUCACUUGAUUGAUAAUAUUGAUGAUUACAUGAAAGAGAACAAAUCACUUCCUGGUCGGGAAAGUCAGAUGGAAGAAAUACUGUCAUUUAUAAGGAAUAAACUGUUGGACAGUACAAGUGGGUGCAUGUAUAUUUCAGGAGUACCAGGAACCGGUAAGACUGCAACAGUUUGCUCAGCACUAAAACUCCUGAAGGAAGAAGAAGAUCUGCCAGACUUUCAGCUUGUCGAAGUCAAUGGCAUGAGGAUAGCUGAACCGAGACAAGCUUAUGUUCAAAUUUAUAAACAACUCACUGGUAAGUCAGUUGUGUGGGAACAAGCAUGCUCAUUAUUAGAAAAACGUUUUACCAAUCCUGGUCCUAGGAGGACACCAACUGUAUUACUAGUUGAUGAGCUGGACGCUCUCUGUACACGUCGUCAAGAUGUCCUAUACAGUAUAAUGGAAUGGGCAUCGCACAAUACAGCUUUACUAACAGUGGUAGCCGUAGCCAAUACUAUGGAUUUACCGGAGCGCGCUCUAGCGGCCAGGGUUGCCUCUAGACUUGGACUCACUAGACUUACUUUCCCUCCUUACACUCACACGCAGCUACAGACUAUAGUAGCGACGAGAUUGGCUGGAGCUAACGUUACACCGGACGCGGUGCAGCUUAUUGCCAGGAAAGUAGCUGCUGUAUCCGGGGAUGCUCGUCGAGCACUAGCACUGUGCAGUCGAGCUCUAGAACUAGCCGGACCUGAAGGUGCUGGAUUGAGGGAAGUGCAAAAGGCGUUAGGUGAAACUGCAUCGAGUGCAGCCGUACGAGCAAUACGUGCGUGCUCACCCGCUGAGACACUCAUACUGAGGGCACUAGCUGCCGAGGUAGAAAGGACUGGUACAGACGAGACCACUCUGUCGCGUGCUCUGAUGACAGCUAGCGCUAUAAUAGCUUUAGACGGUCGGCCGUAUAAGAGCGGUUCUAUACGUGCCCCCACUUCGGCGCAGGCGCAAGCGAUAUGCGCGCGAUUGGCCGCCGCCAGACUUGUGCUGCUCGAGCCUAAACCGUCAGAACCGAGACUAUUACUAAAUGUCAGUGCUGAUGAUGUACACUAUGCCACGAGACAGAUCAGCGUGUGAAGAGCAGACUAUUUUUAAAAAUGUCGAGAAGAACGAAAACUAUUUUUAAAAAGACGAUUAUAAUUACCGUUAUUCCUGUGGUUCUAGGUUUUCCUUUUGAAGAAUGCUAGAAAUGUGAGAUAUCGCCCUAGAAUAUUCGAUGAAAAAAUACUUCGACCAUACAAUAUGAUGAGGUAGUUCGAUUGAAACAUUUUGUCGACUAGCGUAGCGUCAGUGAACCAAUAACAUGAGAGCUGCAUACCAACAGCAAAACUUAUCAAUAAUUUAAUUUGUUACUUGAUUUAUGAUUCUUUAGCUUCUUGGUUGUUAACUCCAUUGCAAAAAGCUUGCCUUGAGAAAUUGUAUAUCAUAAAAUAGUAAUUGAAUUCUGUGUUGACCAGACAAUAUUAACCUCAUUUUAAUAAAUAGGAUACUUUCUGUUUGAACAUAAAAACAAAAAGUUUCGUAAGAAAUAACAGUUCUGUAUCGAAAAUAUCAUAAUUUAUAAUCUUCUCAAUACAGACGAAAUUUAAAAAAAUAUAUAUAAUGGAUUAAAAACAUAAAGCGAGCCAAAUAAGUAAUAUUUAUUUUUUACAUUAAAUGAUAAUUCC